UUUGUACCGGAGUUUGAAUUCGGAUUGGAAAUCGGUUUCGAUUGAACCUAAUGUGAAUUUUUUAGGAUAAUCUUGAUUGAUUUGAUACUGAACUGGUCAGACAUGGAGCGGCAUUCUUUUGUUGUGUUUUCUUGAAUUUAUGGAGUAGUUUUCAAUUGACGGAAUGAAUCUUGAAUUGUGUGGAUUCUGAGAUCGAUUUGAUGUAUUUUUUGUUCGAUUUUCAGGGUUUAAUUGUAAGAACUAAUGUUGUAUUAUGGAUGAUCUUGAUGAUUAAUUUACUUCUGGAGUUUUGAUAGUGAACUGGUUAGGCAUGGAGUGGUGUUCUUAUGUUCUGUUUUCUUGAAUGUAUUAGCUUGUUAUGUUUCUAUUGACGGAAUGAAUCUUGAAUUGUGGAUUCCGAGAUUGAUUUGAUGUAUUUUUUGUUCGAUUUUUAGUAUUCAAUUUUAAGGACUAGUGUUGGACAGCUCUAUUAUGGAUAAUUGCUGUACAUCGUUAAUUUAUUUAUUAGGCAAAUAGGUUUCAGUUAUCUUCAUUUCCUUUUGGUUCUCCUGGUAUUUUGGAUAGUUUUUCUGAGGUACAUUGUGUUAAAGAUGGUGCUUGGGAAGUGGUUGUGCCAAAAAGAAAUGAUAUGCUUCCCUAUAUUUAUUUUUGGAGUUAUCGAAUUAAUUUAGGCAAACGCACACCGGUGAAGCAUCAAUUGUAAAUUUUUAUGGUUAGAUGCGUAUCAUCGCCAGCAAUUUCAAAACUAUCAUAAUGGAAGCAUUUGGUUGGGAGCAGAAAUAUGACGAUAAUGAUGAAAAGGCAUUAAAAGGUUUGUCUGAGGCCUUCGCCUCGUUUUCUCUUGAAGAUAUAACUUCUGCUUAUUACAAGGCAGACAGAAAUGCAGAUUCGGCUGGUGAAAUCCUGUGUAAUAUGCAGGGAAGCACUUCGAGUUCUUCAGCUUUUGCAACCAAUGGAGAGGCAAGAGGUCUAGAAUCUGCUAAACCAUCAUAUGGUGAAAUUUAUGUAAAGACACGUCAGGAAAAUGGAAAGUUCGGAGCUCCAAAGCAAAAAUGGCGACCUGUGUCAGGAGGCACUGUUUCAAGUAUUAUUGGCAAAGAUUAUGUGAGGCCUGUGCCAGCAGUAAAUGGUGAUUUUAUGGGAACCAAACCAGUGAAAUUGGACGCAAACGAAUUUCCAAUGUCUGAAUUAUGGAGAGAGGAACCUAUAAUGAAUCCAUCAAAGAACGGGCAUAUGCAAAAGGACAUGGAAGAUUUUAUCUUCAGAAUGCUGGGCGAUGGCUUUCAACUGGAACGAGAUUUAGUUCAUCAAAUUCUCGAUAAAUGUGGCUUCGACAUGCAGAAGAGCGUGGAAAAGCUGUUGGAUAUGUCAACAGCGACUUCAGAUGAAGGGAACAGCUUUCCUAUUGAAUCCACUGAAAAGAUUGCAGGCGUACAUUCAAAUUCUGAAAAACCUACAUGCAUAAAAGGAAUUUCACAGCUGAACUCCUGUGCAGGUGGAAACUGGACUUCAAAUAUAACUGAGAGAAAACGGGAAGAACGGGAGAAAAAUGAUCUCCAAAAGGAAGUGUUAGUUGCAUUAUUUAAUUCUACUGAUAGAGCUGAAGGGCUAGCUAGAAGAAAAGCAAGGGCCGCAAAGAGAUCUACAGCAUUAGGAGAACUAGUGGUUGAACCUCCAAGAGACUAUAUAAGACAACGAAAAUCUAAUGCAGUUGAAUUAAAACAAGACAAUGACAACAAUGAAGAUGAAGAAGAUAAUUACCAGAAGCUUCGCAAAGCUGUGAAAGAAUAUCGGGUUACAAUGAAAGAAUAUUAUAAGUCUGCUGUUGAAGCAUUUGGACAGGGAGAUCAUGAUCGAGCAAACAAACUUAUGGAUGAGGGACAUUUCUUUCACGAAAAGGCUCGUGAAGCAGAUCAAGAGUCCAGUCAGAAAAUUUUCGAAACCAAGAAUGGAGACACACGAGAUGAAUUAGUGCUUGACGUUCAUGACCACGGGGCUAAGGAAGCAAUGCGCCUUUUGAAGUGUCAUCUUUCUUCACUUGCAGGCAUAGCAGCGAUUAAGCACCUGAAGGUCAUCAUUGAGACGGAUGACGAAGAUACGUCAAAAGGGGCACGCAGAAGAUUUGUUAAGAAGCUUUUAGAGAAGGAAUCGAUUGAGUGGACUGAAGGAGGGAUCUCCGGAACGAUAUUAAUUCGUCUGGAUAAUAUCAACCGAAAAGGUUUAAGUUUUGCUAAACGAUAGUCUGGCAAUGGAGAUUCCGCGGUGCCUUGAAGGUCGAUUUUGACAGAGUAAAGAUGUGGGAAGUGAGGCAGUGCAUGAGAAGGUGAUAAGUUUUGCAAUUUCUGGAGUUUUUAGUGUUCUGAAAAAUUCAGUAAUGCUGAGUCAAAGCCUGUUAAUUUUUUGGAUGUUUUCCUGUCUCACUGGAAACUCGAGACGAUACUUAAAUGUCAAGGCAUGGUCUGUUUCAAUUUUA